CACUUCCAUCCACACCAUGGCAUUAAUCCCGACAGUGGGAAGGACGGCCUGCUCCUUCCUUCGCAGUGCCCCACGUGCGGUGCGCAAAACCAAUCCUCGCAGCCGAAUCAUCGCAUCCUCCUCCCAUUCUCGAAGGCUGUUCAAUGCCGGAAUCCUCCACCAAGCUCAAUCCGCCGCCCAACCCGCCGAAUCCCCCUCUUCCAACCCCCAACUCUCCUUUCCAUGUCUCGAUAGCGCCGAGAACAAAAGCCGCGAACUCACCAGCAAACGAUCCCUUGCCGGCCCCGAACCUGACUACACGACAGGUGAACACCAGACCUUCCACUGCUCCGAGCCACUCUUGCUCGACUGGGGUGGUGUGUUGCCAUCCUUCGACAUUGCUUGGGAGGCAUGGGGCACGCUGAACGCAGACAAGAGUAAUGCCGUCCUCAUCCACACAGGACUGUCCGCGAGUAGCCACGCACACAGCACUGAGGCCAAUCCCAAGCCUGGCUGGUGGGAGAAAUUCAUUGGACCUGGCGCACCGCUCGACACGAACAAGUAUUUUGUCAUUUGCACUAAUGUGCUAGGCGGCUGCUAUGGCUCGACGGGACCAAGCAGUCUAGAUCCCGUCAGUGGGAAGCGGUAUGCCACCAGCUUUCCCAUCCUCACCAUGUCCGACAUGGUGCGCGGCCAAUUUCGACUGCUCGACUCCAUGGGGAUUCAAAAGUUGUACGCGAGCGUCGGCUGCAGCAUGGGCGGAAUGCAAUCUUUAGCACUGGGGAUCCAAGACAAUGAGCGGGUAGGCCGCAUCGUCUCCGUCUCCGGCUGCGCUCGCAGUCAUCCCUACAGCAUAGCGAUGCGCCACACGCAACGUCAAGUCCUCAUGAACGACCCUGCAUGGGCCAAGACGCGAGGCAACUACUACGAGAGCAUGCUCCCUCACCGCGGGAUGAAACUCGCGCGCGAAAUCGCGACAAUCACCUAUCGCUCCGGGCCGGAAUGGGAAAAGCGAUUCGGCCGUGCACGCGCCGACCCCAGCAAACCGCCUGCCCUCUGCGCAGACUUCCUCAUCGAAACCUAUCUCGACCACGCAGGGGAGAAAUGGUGUCUGCAAUACGAUGCCAACAGUCUACUCUACAUCAGCAAAGCAAUGGAUAUUUUCGAUCUAGGCAAAGAAGUGCAAGACGCCACGGCCGAACGGCGAAGGAAGAAUGCGGAUCGCUUGCGCGACAGACUCCCGGAAGAUGCAGCGGGAGCAGCAAAGUAUACUCUCACCCCGCCCGAAACGCCAUACGAAGAGCAAGACGCCAACAGCGAGGAAAUCAUGGCUUCCGCCGAUCCAACCCCAGACACCAACAGCAAGCACAACCUCUCCAGCCAACCACCUGAAGAUCUUGUGAAGGGCCUCGCGCCCCUGCGUAAAAUCCCCACGUUGGUCCUGGGCGUGGCAUCUGAUAUCCUCUUCCCGGCUUGGCAGCAGCGCGAGAUUGCCGACACGCUGCGCCGCGCGGGCAAUCGGAGCGUGACGCAUCUGGAGCUGGGGGAGGACCGCAGCCUAUUUGGGCAUGACACGUUUUUGUUGGAUUUGGAGGGGGUGGGUGGGGAGAUUCGACGGUUUUUGGGUUGAGAGACGUGCCCCAUUCAUCAGACUCAUAUACCAUGUAGAGACCGGUACUGCUGAACUAUCAUCUGUCGCCCGGCCGCCUCCUGUUCCUGAUCGUCAUGUAUGUGUGCUUUUCCAUCCCCUUGCUUCUGCCGAUG